AUGUCAGAAAGUAACAACAAUAAUAAUAAUAUUUCAAUUGAAGAUGAACUUAAACAAUAUAUAGAAUCAUUACAAUUUCCAUUCCCAUAUAGAUUUGGAAUCGAGUAUUAUAAGUUAAUGAGAGACAGUCAAUUGGAAUCAGCAGUUCGUCCUUUAGUUAUUAUUGGUGUUGAUCGUACAUUAUCACCACAAGAGAGAUCGUUGGUACCUUCAAACUAUAAUGGUGUUAGAAUUCAAAUGGAAUACACUCAAAUCAUUGAUGUAGAUGCCAGACUUCAAAGUGCAGUAGCUGCAAGAUCUGCAACAGAUCCAAUAGACAAACUAAUUGUAGAAUCUGAAAUGAACGAAGAUGAUGAAGAUGAAGAUGAAGAUGAUGAAGAUUGUGAAGAAGAUGAAAUGGAUCAAUAA